AUGGUCAAUUAUGAAGUUAGGGAGGAGCUUUUUCCUGAGGAAAAGUCUUUCCUGGAGGAUCAACUCUCUAUUAGAGUUAUUAGUGAUUCAGUGUUUGAUUCUCGUUCAAUACCAGAAAAAAGAUCUUCUUCGAACAACAACAAUCUUCAAAGCCUAGAAAUCACUUCAGCAGAGGAUCUAGCCUUUGACCCCGCGGACAUUAUUUUUAAUACGAUGCAAGAAGAGCCGUUUAUAAAUCUAAAGGCUCUUCAUCCACAUCUAGUCGCAAGACUGCACAUCUUUUAUCAAGCCAAAUUAUGGCUUAAUAAAAAAUAUAAAACAAAAGGAUUACCCAACGAUGCAAUUCCCGUCGAACUUUUUCAAUUAUAUGAAGUUCGGCACAAAAUAGCGCAUGAUAUUGUGACUACCUCAGCGCAACCUUCACGAAAUGGCCAAGUCCUUGAAAAUACUGAUAAAAAAAAAUAUGUCACGAAGGAUCUUAACCUACACCCGUUAAGGAGCAGGGGAAAUCUCGGUGGAGUAUGUGAGGUCGUUGAAUGUCUCGGUGGAAAUUACGAAGACGUAUACAUGGAAAGAGAGAAGAUCAAUAAAGAAAUCACACGGGGAUUGAUGACCUACCGCCAAAUAGAAAGUUUUACAAUACUGCUACGAAUAACAGUAUAG